CACUCAAACAAUUGCUCUACAUUACAUCGUUCAAUAUGUCUGGAAGAGGCAAAGGAGGCAAAGGUCUGGGCAAGGGAGGUGCCAAGCGUCACCGCAAAGUUCUCCGUGAUAACAUCCAAGGCAUCACCAAGCCCGCAAUCCGUCGUCUCGCUCGUCGUGGCGGAGUGAAGCGUAUCUCUGGCCUGAUUUACGAGGAGACCAGAGGUGUGCUGAAAGUGUUCUUGGAGAAUGUCAUCCGUGACGCCGUCACUUACACCGAACACGCCAAGAGGAAGACGGUGACUGCGAUGGAUGUUGUCUAUGCGCUUAAGAGACAAGGACGUACUCUGUACGGAUUUGGAGGUUAAAUCUGAUUAUUCCA